UAAUAUUGUUGUUUAUUUUUUUGUGUAUUCAGUUGAGUUUGUGAUUUGAGAUGUGACUAAACUCGAUUCGAAAAACGCCACCACAACAACUAUACACCACAUAUAUUAAAAUACCACGAAACGAAACAAACGAGAGAGAGAAAAAGAAUACACAGCAAAAUAAAACAUAAAACGCAAAGCACAAACGCUAAAAGAAACAAGAAACAAACUAUAUCUAUAUAGAUUUAUUUUUUUCCCUGUUAUUUUCUUUCAUCUUCUUUAAAUUGAAGAGUGUGAUAGAGCGAAAGAGAGUGAACAGCAAACGAAACGCAUUCUUAGUUUAUUUAUCGAGAAGAUCCUUUCGGAAUUUUUAUUGUGUGUAUUAUUACAUUCUUAUUAACCGAUAAUUCAGUACAAUAACAACAAAAACGACGGCGACCACGACAAUAUAUACCGUCGUCAACAUACUCACAAAAUUAAAGAAUAAAAAAAUAAUUAAAAUUAAACCGAAAACCGAUCCAUGAAUGUGUUUGUGUGGAAAAUUUGUUGUUUAAUCAUCAAAAAUAACCAAUAAAAAUCAUUGAAAAACGCACAGUGAAAAUAUGAUACAUUCGCACACGCCGUCACUGCCGGUCCCAUCAACCAAAUAAAUCAAAUUCCAUCGGGUGAAACAAACACAUUUUGUUUCGUUAUUGCUCGCAUCAAAUUCAAAACCCAAAAGAAGCAGAGAAAUGAAAAAUCACAAAUGAAAUAUUGAUUGAGAUUAUUAUUAGCGAAGUGUUUGAUUAUUCGAAAACAUUUGAUUUGUUAAAAAAAACAAAAAAACACCAAAAAAAUGUGUAUAGUUCGUAUUGCACAUGAUUUAUUUUCGAUGACUAACAGUUUUGUGCAGUAAUUUUUCGCUUGUGUUGUGUUUUUUUUCUGUUUUAUUUGUUUAAAAAAAAGAAUUUGUACGUGUUAAAUGAAUGGUGUUUUAUAUGUCUGUGUGUGCAUGCACAAACAAAGUGUGCGAUCACUUACCAUUGAGGAUUAGCUUGUGGUCGCUUGUGGCUGUAUUAAUGAAUUUGAGUGAACGAAAUAUAAAUAGUUACACAAAAUAAAAACGCCAAAGAUAAUACGAUUGAAUAAAAAUGCACUUCGUCGUUUUCGGAGAAGAUACAAAAAUUAAUAAGAAAUUGCAUAUUUUUUAAAUAAAAAAAAAUUAAGGUGAUAAAUCAAGUUUUGUGGUGUGGUGGCAUGGUGUGUUUUCUAUGUAUAUGUGCAACAGAUUGAAAGGUGAUUUGUUGUUGUUUCUUUGCCAUUCGAAUUGUAUUUUGGUCUGAAGUGGACGAGAUUGUGCCGCUGUGUGUAUGUGCCGGAUCACAAUUCUUAUAAAAUGGUGUGAACGAAAACCGAUUCAUCGUGUCAUCGCCUAUAUUAUCUUUCUUCUCAGCUAAUAUGGUUAAUUGCCAUUUGCAAUAAUAUAACAACGGUAUGGUCGAUCGUGCAUGUCGCAUGUGCUGGGAAUUCGUGAACAACAACAAGGCUAACACCGACAGUAUACCAAAUAAUUAGUAUCGCAUUCUCUACCGCAACAGCCAAGAGAAUAGAAACUAAUCAAAUGAGAGGAAUAUAUAUGAACAAAAAAAAUUAAACAUAGAGCGAAAGGGAAAAAAGAGCGAUAAUGAAUGAGUACGAUCACACCCAAUUUAAACGUUUGCAUAUGUUGAUAUUGUAAUGCACUGCAUGUGUGUGUAUGUGAAAUAUGUUCACUGUGCAUAACCAGAUUUUUUUUCUUCAAUCUACAAACGCAAUGAAACACAUCCAAGUGACAAACCCAAAAACGUUGCACAACAUAUAAGAAAAUAAAUCACGAAAAAAAGAAAAAAAAAAAACGCUUUUGUUAGUGACCAAACGUAGCAAUAAGAAGAGAAAAAAAUUUAUUUUAUAUUGAAGAGAGAAGGUAGACAAAGAGUAGAGAAAGAAUAAACAUAUAUUUAUAAAUAUGGGAUUAACAUCAUCAAGAGAAUCGGCUGCACAAUCUCCUGCAUCACCUACGCACAAUGACACCGGCAAUGAUUUGGCUGCCGUGUUGGCCGGCACAGCAAUUACAAAUGUAACACCAACAACAACCAUCAAACGAACAUCACCGUCAAAGAGUUUUCACAACAAUUGGAAAGCGGGACAACAACAACAAAACCAUCAUGUACGACAGGCCAGCGUCCGGAGUCGAGCCGCCGUACCAAUGCCCGAUCACAGUGAACUCGACAAACGAUUUGCCAAAGUUUUGGCAUCAAUGGAUCUACCGCCGGAUAAAGCGAAACUGCUGAAAAACUACGACAAUGAAAAGAAAUGGGACAUCAUAUGUGAUCAAGAAAUGGUACAAGCAAAAGAUCCACCAUCGCACUAUUUAACGAAACUACGCACAUAUCUUGAUCCGACCGCCUCAAAGAGCCACCGGAAACGGAAAAUAGUCGGUGAAUCAACGUCAACGCAAGUACUUCGUGACCUCGAAAUUUCGUUGCGAACCAAUCACAUUGAAUGGGUUAAAGAGUUUUUGGACGAAGAGAAUCAGGGUCUAGAUUCGCUGGUCGAUUACCUAAGUUUUCGCUUGAUAAUGAUGCGCUAUGAACAACGAAUUGAAGACACACAAAAUGGUUCGGAUGAACAAUUAAACAGCCGAAAUGCAACAAAUACAACAACGACAACAACUACAUCGACUGCAAGCGGCGAUGCAAAACCAUCAAAUGGUUUUCUUCGGCCAAGCCUAGAGGAAUUGGUUGAUAGUCCAAAUUUAAGACGUCGAUCGCGACACAUAGCCAAAUUGAAUAUGGGCGCAUCAACCGAUGACAUUCAUGUGUGUAUCAUGUGCUUGCGCGCAAUUAUGAAUAAUAAAUAUGGUUUUAACAUGGUGAUUCAGCAUCGCGAAGCGAUCAAUUGCAUUGCAAUUAGUCUCAUUCAUAAAUCGUUACGGACCAAAGCAUUGGUCUUGGAAUUAUUGGCGGCCAUAUGUUUGGUUAAGGGUGGCCAUGAAAUCAUUCUAUCGGCAUUUGAUAAUUUUAAAAGUGUAUGCCAUGAAGGGAAACGCUUUCAAACGCUCAUGGAAUAUUUCAUAAAUUAUGAAAUGUUUAACAUUGAUUUUAUGGUGGCUUGUAUGCAAUUCAUUAAUAUUGUUGUUCAUUCGGUUGAAGAUAUGAACUAUCGCGUUCAUUUACAAUACGAAUUUACGUCGCUCGGCUUAGAUGAAUAUUUGGAAAAAUUACGUUUAACCGAAUCGGAAGAGUUGCACGUUCAAAUUUCCGCAUAUUUGGACAAUGUAUUCAAUGUGGCCGCAUUGAUGGAAGACAGUGAAACAAAAACAGCGGCACUUGAACGUGUACAAGAAUUAGAAGAGGAUUUAAGCCGUGCACUGGAUCGUAUCAACGAAAAUGAACGACAUUUUAUGUAUAAAUUGGCCGAAUUAAAUUCGGAUUUACAACAAGUGCGCAGCGAACGCGACGAACUAAGUCAAAUAAAACAAAAAACCGAUGAAGAAGUAUCCACAUUACGACGAGUAUUGAAACAAAAUGAAAUGGAAUUGAAAAAUCGCCAAAAUAUGCUAGAAACUAAAAAUUUGGAAUUACAAACGCUUACACAGUCGCUGCCAAAAGGCACAUCGAUCAACGAGAAACUUUCCGAUUUGGCGAAAAAUUCAAACGAUUCAGUUCAUCAAGUAAUUGCGGAAGUAAAACCACCGGAACCUCCAAAGCCACCGCCAUGUCCACCACCACCUCCAAUGAAUAUUCCAGCACCUCCGCCCAUGAAUAAACACCUACCCACACCGCCGGCACCUCCAAUUCCCGGUUUUAUGCCAGCACCCGAUGGAGCAAUGACGAUUAAACGAAAACACGUCACAAAAUAUAAGCUGCCAACACUUAACUGGGUGCCAUUGAAACCAAAUCAAGUUCGUGGAACAAUUUUCAAUGAAUUGGACGAUGAAAAACUUCACAAGGAAAUCGAUUUUGUUGAUUUUGAAGAACGUUUUAAAAUUGGUAUGGGCGGCAUUAUGGCGAACGGACAAUCGGAGGUUGAUGGUUUAUUAGCGUUUCCAAGUAAACGUUUUAAGAAACCAGAAAAUGUAUCUGUGUUAGAACACACGAGAUUGAGAAAUAUUGCAAUCUCUCGACGAAAACUCGAUAUGCCGAUUGAUAAGAUUAUUCAGGCCAUUAAUAAUUUGGAUUUGAAACAAAUCUCAUUGGAAAAUGUGGAAAUUCUGCAAAAAGUGACACCAACUGAACAAGAAGUUAAAGCAUACAAAGAGUAUAUUGCCGAUCGAAAGGAUCCAAACCUUUUAACCGACGAAGAUAAAUUCAUGAUGCAAUUGGCACGAGUUGAACGUAUCUCGUCAAAAUUGGCGAUCAUGAAUUAUAUGGGCAAUUUCUUUGAUAGUUUACAUCUUAUUAAUCCGCAAGUUGCGGCCAUACUCAAUGCAUCGAACGCAGUUAAAUCAUCGAAAAAAUUCAAAGCAGUAUUAGAAGUUGUAUUGGCAUUUGGUAAUUAUUUGAAUAGCAAUAAACGCGGGCCUGCGUACGGUUUUAAAUUACAAAGUUUGGACACAUUGUUGGAUACUAAAUCGACUGAUAAACGCAUGUGCCUUUUGCAUUACAUUGUCAUGACCAUACGUCAAAAGUUUCCCGAAUUACUUGAUUUCGAUACGGAAUUGAUUUAUAUUGAAAAAGCCGCACAAGUAUCAUUAGAAAAUCUAAUGACCGAUGUACAAGAAUUGGAAAAAGGAAUGGAUAUUGUGCGCAAAGAGGCCGAUGUACGAAAUAAAGGGCCGCAAAAUUUGGUGUUAAAAGAUUUUCUCACAAAUUCCGAAGAGAAAUUGCGAAAAAUGCGACAAGAAGCGAAAAAUGCACAAGAUGCAUUCACAAAAUGUGUUGAGUAUUUCGGUGAAUCAUCGCGAAAUACCGAUGCAAAUGCAUUCUUCUCACUUUUGGUGCGUUUCAAACGUGGAGUUAAGACUGCCGAUCAAGAAAAUGAACAAAGAAGGCGAUUGGAUCAGGCGACCGCAUUAGCAGCCAGUAAAAAGCAAAACGAUGAAGUUGUACUACGUAAUAAUAAAAUAAAUCAAAAGAAACAGCAGGAAGCAGUGAUCAACGAAUUAAAGAGUAAAACGAAUGCAGUGCGUGAGAAGAAGUUACUUCAGCAGGAUGAAGUGUAUAACGGUGCUUUAGAGGAUAUAUUAUUAGGUUUAAAAAAUGAGCCGUAUCGACGAGCCGAUGCAGUUCGUCGAAGUCAAAGAAGGCGCAUCGAUAGUAAUCGUUUAUCGAGAACCAUCGAAGAAUUAGAUGUAUAAUUUUACAAAUUUUGUUUUCUUUUGAAUGGGUCGUACUGUGAAUAAUAUUAUAGUUUCUUUUGUGCAAAAAAAAAAACAAUUUAGCAUCAAACAAAUGGCCUUAUAUUAAAAGUAUUCAGAAAUCAAAUGAUAAAUUUCGAAAUGGAGGAAGAAAAGAUAAAACAAAAAACAAAAAAUCUUUUAUCGAGUGCUGUUUUUAAUUGAAAUCACAUUUAAUCGUAGUUCGAUGAAACUACUCGAUAGAAUGCUUCAUUUUUAAAUUAUUUAAUCAAUGUAUUGAUUUUUUUUAUCUCGACCCCUGUUUUUAAUGAUAUUAUUUCAAUUGUCUGCCAGUGACAGACAUUCAUUUUGUAUAAAAUUUAAUAUUUUCAUCUCUUUAUUUAGUUCUUUGUUAAUUCAAUUGUUGUAGGUAUGAAUGAUACAAAUAAUACAAAAAUGUUGAUAGUAAUUGUCCUUGCUUAAUGUAAAAUGUGUCGUCAGUUUUAUUAUCUUUUUUUUGUGGAGUUUUCAUUUAAAAUCAAAAAUGGGAUCAAACAAAACAUUCGACAUUCCAAAUUUCAAUAGACUGCCGCAGAAAUCGGCAUACGGAAUGAUGUUACAAUUAUGUUCCAUUUUUUAAAAUUAUACAUUCCAGUCUGCACAAAACACCAGUUUCUCGUCAUUUCACAACAAUUUAAAAUGUAAGACACAAGUUCAUUUUGUGCUGGAAUUAUAUUUUAUCGAGUUUAAAUUGAUGGAAAGAUGUGCGCGUUAUAUCGAAGCAAUUUAAAUUUAUUUUUCAACACACAGUGUGAUUCAAUUUUAUUCUUCAUUAAUUUCUUAUUUAGUAUUUUUAAAUCGAUUUUUCUCCGAAUUUUUGUUGACCCUUUUUUCUACUUUUCUUUAAAUGUAUUACAGUUUAAUUUUUCGAUAUUUAAAUAUUCAGUGAAAUUUGAAUGGCAUUGUAAACCAGAAAUAAGUGACCGAGGUUAAAAAUCAUGUUUGAGUGUAAUUUCAUUCGUUUUUUUUGUCUUUUAAUAUGCCUCUUGAUAUUUAGUGAAAAUGACAUGAUUUUAUGAAAAGCUAUAUAAAAACACAAUUUCAGACGUUUAUGCAGAUAAAAUAGAACAUAUAUAAAUAUAUAUAUUUUUGACUCCGCAAUUCAAAGCUUUUUAUGAAACAUAAUGCUUUUGGUACAAACACGUGAAUGAUACAAACACGAAUUGUCAAAUGCAAGCAAAUACAAAACAAAAACCGAAAUCCUUAUAGGUACAAUCUGACACAUGACAAACAACAACAACAACAAGAUGACAUUUUAUUUUUUAUGCAUAUAUUAUUGUAAUAUUCUUUUGCAAAGCAUUUAAUUUAAAUAAAAUAAAAACAAAAACCA